GCUAUACCAUUUUACCUGUUUACGGAACGCAAUUCUCUCCAAGAAGACUUCUAUUUUGUGCUUCUAAAGAAUCUGGAGGGGUACGAUGAAAUCAUCACCCCGCCUUUACCUCUCCGGAAUGAGCGAACGCUCAUCCUGUUCCUUGUACAACGGUUAAACUCCAUGGAAGAGCAUUUACAACCCAAUUUGGGUGAAUGGAUUACUCGGGCGCGUGUUCCUAGCUAUACACAAGACCUUCGAUGUUGAGAAGUUCGUACGGAUAAGGAAGAUAAAAGAGAUAGCGCAAGUUAAUAAACCCAAUUUUCUUUCAUAUAUAGUGCUACGGAAGGUGCAGGUCGGUGAGGGGUUUCCUUCCCUCAGGAACUCCUGGUUAGAGGAAAUGACGCCGGAUGGUGAUUUCUGCGCUGGGGCAAACCUUACCUAUGAUGGAAAUUUCCGGCUGGGAAGUUUGAUCAAUAAGCUCCCCGAUUAUCGCAUCCAGAUUGACUUAUCACGUGACCCUACACGAAGGGGUUGCCAACACUACUCUCCAAUUGAGUACUCGGGUUAAACCAAGAGUGGUCAAC